AUGAUCCGGUUCCGCAAAGCCAAGGACAAGAACAAAAGCGAGAUGCGAGAUCUUGAAGAGGAUCUGUGGAAGUUCUUGCAGCAGGAUCACCUUCGCAAAUACGAAUUGCAGGUGGGCCAGCUUUAUGAUGACUGGAACGAUUUCAUCGACACUCAAUCCGCCACCGAGGAGUUGCAAGAGGAGUCGGUUGACAUGCCAAUCGAGGGCAAUCCUGCUGAGCCCGAAGCCAUAAUGGAAGCCAUAGAUAACGUGGAUGGCAACGCCAAAGCUCAGGCUGAUGCCGAUGCUCUCUUCAAGGCCCAACAAAAGCUCGAACGGACCAAAGAGGAGCUUGCAUGGACUCAAGGUGAGCUUACAAGGACCAGAGGGGAGCUGGCCAAGCUUCAACAUGAGAAACUCGAGACAGAGAAGAAGAGCACUGAACCCAAGUUACUCCCAUCUGACAGGCCCGCCCAACACGCCUCAUCAGCAGCAUCGCAGGCUGAAGAUCGGACCACGAGACCUGAAGAGCAAGGCUCGACGACAGCUAGCCAGAUCAUCGGCUUGAGGACAGCGAUUUCUCAGUUUCCAGAGCUUCUCGGUCAAACAGAGAAGUCGAGCGGCUCGCAGAGUAUCGUCUUCGAACCGCUAGCUCACCUGAUGCCACGUCAGGUCUUGACGGAGAGUCAGAAGCAAGGCGACUCGAUCGACCACGCCUACAAUUUCGCCAAAGCUCUAGGCUUGCAGGUGCCCACUCACGAGAGCUCACAGGUAACGUAUCUGCAUCCCGUAGGGCUUCAGAAGGCUUAA